AAAGGAGAGAAAAGGGAAAGAAAGGGAGAUGGAGGAGGAGAAGGAGGAGGAGGAGAGAGAGAGAGAGACCAAAAACGGAGGGAGGAGGGAGGAGGGAGGGGGAAACGGCGUAUGCUUGUAUACAACCCCUGAUUUCCAUUUUUUUUCCCAACUCGUAAUGUAUUUAAUUCAAGUGAAACGUAAUCAUGACGUGUCGUGUCAUUAAUCUCCUCGCCGCCUCUCCCAAUAUUCAAGGAGAAGGCUGCCGCAGAAGUGUGUCCCCCAUCAGUCGAGACACUAAAGAAUGGCAUAACAUCACACACACUUCUGAGGAUGGAUUCUCCGCCAGAGUGUGUGCUGUCUCUUUCUUGUGAGCAGCCCCAGUCUCCCCCAACACUGCCAUCCCUGGACCACAGCCCCCAGGCCUCCUCUCCUCACACCCAGCUCUCUCUACCUGACAGCCCCGUUGUCCUGCCCAUUCACAGCCCCGAACCUUCCCCUCAGAGCCCGGACACCACGCCUUAUUUCCCCCUCUCUCCCUUCCCCCUCCACGAAGACAAUAACAUCAAUCACCACGACGUUGAUGAAGACGAUGACGAGGAAGGGCUGGACGGCGUUCCUCCAUCCCCGACGCCGGCAGUGGCGCUGUUCCCAGGAGGAGGGGGACAAGAAGCUGGAUGCAGCCCUUGUUUGGACUCCUCUCCACCAACCACACCAUCGGCGCCACUCCUCGGGUUUGGAGCCCUGGAGCUGGCCCUCUCAUCUGGGCAGAGCGGAAACUGCAGCGACGAGCUAGACCUCCAGUUGUUCCAGAAAGACACUGUUACCAGGGCGAUACCUGGAGUGGGAGGGGCCUCACCGGGUCCUGCGCUCAGGUUUCCCUGUCACGUAUGCGGAAAGAGAUUCCGAUUCCAAAGCAUUUUGUCGCUUCAUGCCCGAGCUCACAGUCUGGACCGAGACCGCAGAGCUUCAGCCCUAUACCGGACUGGACACCCCUCAGCAACCCUAAAGCAGCACCUCAAAAUCCAACAGAACCACAAAGACUUAAUCCAGAAUCACAGAAGUCACCCAAGCCAGCGUAUACUGCCAGGGACUCUCAUCCAGCAUCUCACAGAAGAAGAGGAUGUUGACGGUGAGGUCAAAGGUCUAGAUGAUUGCCUACAGACGGACCAGAACCCAAACUUUUUACUGGAUGACAGCACACCAUUGACCCCUCCACUUACAGAGGACCCUGUUUCUGUAACCCCUCCCUAUUCUUCUACCAUUGGGGAGGGGGCAUCCACUCCUAUAGCGCCUACGUUUCGCUGCCAUGCCUGCAAAGGAAAAUUCCGCACGGCUUCGGAGUUGGCACGCCACGUCCGCAUUCUCCACAACCCGUAUAAAUGCACUCUUUGUCCUUUCUCUGCCAGCCAAGAAGAGAGCCUGGCAUCUCACUUGCAAGAGUGCCACCCUUCCCCUGAGGUACCUGCUCUGCCACCAGCCUACAAUUCCAGGCUGGUCAUCGCAACCCCUGAUACUCCUGUGCCCACCCCGACCCAUACCCCAGCCCCAGCCCCAGCCCCAAGUACCCCUCAAGUGACGGCAGCAGCUACAGCAGCUGCGUCCCCCACACUGCCAGCAUUUCGCUGUGAAACUUGCGGACAGCGGUUUACCCAGUCUUGGUUCCUGAAGGGACACAUGCGAAAGCACAAGGACUCAUUGGACCAUAAGUGCCAGGUAUGCGGCCGUGGCUUCAAAGAGCCUUGGUUUCUGAAAAACCACAUGAAAGUACAUCUCAACAAGCUCGGGCUGAAGGCCGGGCUGGGAACUCUUGGGGGACCAGGAGGUGCAGAGCAGCAAGCCAAAGGCUCUGCUAGUAAUCAGUCUCUCAACGCCCUCUAUUCAAGCCUCCUUCUGGCCCAGCAAAGAGGUGGUAGAGGCGGACAAGGAAGAUCAGAAACUGGAGGCAGAAUGGGGUUGGGAUCAAGCAAGUCAGCCAUCCUCGGCUACCUUGGAUUGCCCAGUGAUGGCAGUGGGGCCAGCUGCAUGGAGAGACUUCAAGCAGUGGCUCAGGUGGCAGAGAUGGGAAAUGGUGGUGGUGGCGGCAUUGGCGGCUCAGGAGUAGGGGACGCAGGAAGAGGAGGGGGUGCAACUAGAGGAGGGGGCACAGGUGAAACUACCGCAUCACUUACAGAAGGAGGGGACCAGGCAACUUGGUGGCAGCUGGUGGCUCGCAGCCUUGCAGUAGCUCAGCAGCAGCAGCAGCAGCAGCAGCAGCAGCAGAGGCCUCAGCAGCGAGGCCAGCAGCAAGGCCAGCGAGGCCCAAGUCGGAGCUCGGUGAUCACAGACGCUGACCAAGUCAGAGCCUACCUCGGAGGCCUGGAUCCAAGAGAAGAAUCCGGCGGAGCAGGAGGGCCAUGGGAAUGCCCAGACUGUGGAAAGCUAUUCCGCAGCCUGCAGCAGGUGGUGGUUCAUGCUCGUGUUCACACUCAGAGGCCUCUGAAAGUAGGCGGCGGCGAAGAGGAGGGGAGUGGUAGCCGUAGAGGAGCGGGGCUAGGAAGAGGAGGCAGCGGUGAAGUGAGACAGGAAUCUCAGCUACACGGUGGUGGAUCCCAACAAACAGGAGAAGGGAGGCAGGAAUCAAAACUGCACGGUGGUGGAUCACAACAAGCAGGAGCAGCUACGGGGUUUCACUCUGUCAUCUCAAGCUUCAAAGGAGAAAAUGGCCUGACAGCAGUCUCCUCCAUACCUUCAGUUCCCACCAGGGAGCGAGUGCGUGGUAGAGGGAUAAAAGACUGCCCCUACUGUGGUAAAGCCUUCCGCUCUUCACACCAUCUCAAAGUGCACCUGAGAGUUCACACAGGUGAGAGACCCUACAAAUGUCCCCACUGUGACUAUGCGGGUACCCAGUCGGGCUCUCUGAAGUACCACCUCCAGCGGCACCACAGGGAGCAGCGCAACGCCUUGUCAGCCUCCUCCAAUUCCUCCUCCAGUGGUCUCACCUCCACUAUCAACAGUUUGACCUCUGGAACCUCUGGGCUGGCCAAGCAGCGCCGAUCCCAGCCCAACCACUGCCCGGUCAACCGAGGCCAAACUGACUCCCCAACCCCUCGACCCAGCCAGCAGUCCUGGCUCCUGGGGCUUCCGGACCAGCGGGAGCAUCGGAAGGCCUUGGCGGCUCUAAGGGAUGUCGAUUUGGAGACCCAGUACCGGUAUCUGUCUGGGGUGAUGGGGGCCCUUUACCAGGGUGGAAUGGAAGGAGGCUGGAUCAGGGAGUCUCCCCCACCGAAGGCCCCUAAAGUGUCCCGUCGUAAGCCCCUUACUACUAGCCGAAUGGUUCAGCCGUCGAACGACAAGGAAGGGCCUGCGCCUUCAACUCAAGGAGCUGGGUUUGAACCCCUGGAUCUGUCCCGUCGCCCUUCACCUGGCCUUGAGGAUGGAGGCAUGACCGUAGGGGAGGGAGUGGGUGUCGGUGGUGUGGAUGGCGGAGGGGAUAGUUCAACAGGGGUUAAACUGAGCCAAUGUUUGUUCUGCCCUUUCCGUACGUCUUCAGCAGAGCUGAUGGCCAUGCACCUCCAGGUCAACCACACCAGUAAGUCCAGGCGCAAAAGAGCCCCUUCUACCACCUUGGAUGAUAACGGAGCCCCGAAGGCCACCAAGCCCCGGACGGAUCGCUCUGACCUUGACUCUCUGACAAUAUGGAGGCAUGUGACUGAGGCAGAGUCCCAGGCACCCCUGGGGGAAUGGUCCUCAACGCAGGCCAAGACCCUGAAUGGGCUCUCUGAGGAUACAGAAGACCAUCUGGACGACAUCCUCGACCACCCAGACGUGGCCUCAGUAUCCAAGAAUGUGAGAGACGGUCUGGCGGUCAAGGGAAAGAUGGAGGUGGAUGAGGAGGAACAAGAGGAGGAAUUGGAGGAGAAUUUGGAGAACAGCAGUCUGGAGGAUUCAGAGGACCAGGAUCUGAGGAUGUCCCUCGCUCUUUCACCAGCCCUGAGCUCCAACCACAUGGUGGGAGAGGAGGAAAGAGUCUUAACAGAUUAAAAAUGCUUUGGGAUGACACCAUUUAAAUUGGAGAGUUUGGUUCAAUGUUUUCAACUACAUUUUUUGACACCGAAUUGAAGAAGGGGCGGGUAGCUUUGCAGAGCGAAACAGAGGAUUCCUGACUCCUGAGGUUUUGAAAAGGACAGAGAGAAACAUCACAGCUGUUAUUUUCCCUCCGACAUUAUUCGUCUAUUUCAGUUCUGACAGCGUGGUCAUCCACAACAUAAACUUCCUGUACAAAAGAGCAUAGAUGCAUCUUUUCGGGAUUUUGUAGGCCACUUUUUCAAUUUUUUUUUUCCCAAGCUUCACUCCAAGUUGGAUGAUUUUUAAGGUGAUAUCCUAUGUGAUAAAUGAAAGAAACAUGUAUAAGAUCUAAAGCAUCAUUCCUGUAUCAUUAUUCCACACUAAUAAGGGACUGUUUAUCCCAGACUACUAUACUGACCAAGCUGAAGCCAGCUGUGAAGUGAAGCUCUCCUGACUGACCACUGAACAGUUUGAAACCUCAAACUUCCUCCUCAACCGACACAAAUAUGGAGGAAAGUUGAGUCUAGAAAUAUUUCAAGCUGUGAGCCUCAGCUAAGCUAUUUGGUAUUAAUUUAAGGCAUGAGGUAACUGUUGCAGGCCGCGUGCUUUCCCUCGACUAUAUAUCACUGCCUUGUUUGUCUGAAAAGUGUUUCUACACGAUUGUCCUAAAGAAAAACAGAAAGAAACGUUUGUAACAUUUUUUUUUUCAUUUAGUGCCUGUUCAUGUGCGUUGUCGAGAGAGUCUCUGGUAUUCCUGCGCAUCGAGGCUCUGAUAGGUCAUUCAUUUUAUCUGAAUAUACAGUUUAAAACAAUUUAAGUACAGUAUAUUUGUUAAAAGUGGUUCUAGGGUGUUGUGAAUAGUUAAGUUUUAAAAGAAAUGUGUGAUGUCCUUGACACAGACGGCAGACGUUUGUGGCUCAGCUUGAAAAGAAAACAAAAAAAAAGCGUAGGUGAUAUACUAUAAUGUAUAAUUGCGAUGAAAAAGGUCAAAGGCUGAGCGAUAAAAAAGGGGUCACAGUUCAAAAUUCAGUGUUUACAAUGGCGCCGAAUGCGGGUCGGGUUGCCAUGGCAACGUAGAUGCGUGGAAAAGAACAAAACUCAGAGCGGGAGUCUAUUUGAGGGCUGUAGGGACGUCGCCCGAGGCCCCGAACACAAUCAACUGACACACCCUUUUUAAAGAGACUUGGCAAACUGUGUCAAAAAAGGAACAAUCUCUCCACAGGAGAGAAGAUACAAGGUAGAGAAUGAAAAAGAAAGCAGUACCUCUGCCAAACAGGACUAAAUGUGAGAAACAAACUGUACUCUUGGGGGGGGUAUGGUGUCUUUUAGAUGAGUAGAUUCCCUCUCUUCUUUUUUAUAAGAAAAGAAAAGACAAUGGUAGGAGUAAUUAUUAAAAACACUAACAAAUGCAUAGACAUCCCAGUAGAAUAUGUGUAGCUUUUGUAAAGACAAGAAAAAAAAAAAGCAGACUUUUGUUUAUUUUCAUUUCAAGAUGCUUACAGAAAAAGGUUAUCAAUAUAGGUAAUAUUGAUUAUAAUGUUUGUGAGCUAAGACUAGUUGGAAUGUCUAUACAGAGCACUGUGCAAGGUUUGAGUUCCCAAAGUAGUUGUUUUUAUUUUGACUUUAUGGAUAGACCAAACGUUUUUUCAAUGGAAGUUGUCACUUUCUGUUGUCGUUUUUAAAUGUGUGAAGCUGUGGUUUCGAUAGAUUUACCCCAUCGACGAGCCAAAACCGGUCAAUCAGUGCAUGAAAUAUCCAACCGUUGAACCGGUUGUUAAAGAAAGUUCACAUUCAAAGUUGUCUUUGUGUAAACAUCUAUAAAUCAAAACAAUCAAUCUCUUAUCGUGAAUUCUUGUGUAUUGAAUGGGGGAAAAAUAUGAAUGUGAGACAGUAAUAUCCCCUCACGCUGGUUAACAACCACUAUUUAUCUUACUUUUCGAUGGGGUAUUCUACGAUUGCAACCGCACCUUAAUGUGCAUUAAUGUGUUUAAGUUCCUUCUUUAGAGCACCUUAUGAGUUUCGUAGUGAUAAGUCCCUUAGUGGUGUCUCCUUAACAACUACUGUCAAUGCCAUCGUGCCUUCUGUUUCAAGCACUUCCUGGUGUAUUUUGUAAAACUCACCAAAAGCACUUAGCCUAUAUCUACACACUCUCUGUCUCUGUCCUUUCUCUUUCCUCUUCUCCUUCAUCAUCUCCGCUCAUUUCCUUAAUCUGUUUCUCGUGUCUUUACCUCUUGACCCCUCUCUCUUGGGUGGGGAGCUGUUUCCAUACCAGAUCUCUCUCUACUGUUCAGGCCUGUUUGGCCUUAAACCAGGUCACUAGGCCUUAUUCCAAUCUAGCGUGGCUAGACUCUUGAAAGACUACCUAACCUUUAGAAAUCAUUAUAGAUGUAGGGUUAGACUACUUUUGGUCUUAAUACUAACCCUUUGUAAACCAAAGCCCAAGUCUUAGUCUAAUGAAUAUUAUAUUUAAUCUAAUAAAGGUGCCAAAACAUGUCCGAGGUGACACUAAAGCUAUCAACUUGAGAAAAUAAUUCACUUCUUUCUUUAACCCAUCCUCCCUUCCUUCUCUCAUGCUUGCUCUUCCUCCAUGUCGCUCUCUCGUCCGUAUAAACUGUCUAUCUCUAUAGCACCACUUGAAGGUGACGUGUACUAUCUGGUAUUGAGGCCUUUAUUAGAUUUUUAUUUCAGUUUGUGUGGUGUUUGUUCAAUGCCGUUGAGAUGGAAAAAUGCUCUUCUUAUAAUGAUAAUUAUUAUUGUUUUGGCAUUAUGGUUAAAAAAAACAAAAACGACAAAAAAACAAACAAGAGAAAUGUGUUGUUGAAUGUUGUACAGAUAGCACUAGAGAUGUUGUGUUUUUUUAAAGAGAGCACAAACCUGAGUGAUGGUCCCUUCUACUCCUCCCACCUGGCAGAUGGGAAUAAAACAGCCUGCCAAUCAAUCUACAUGUCUAAUGACAAAAAUGUCCUCGGUGAUGACAGAUUUUAAAAACAAACCCUUAUUGUCUAAGUAGCGUUCUUCCCUGGAGAUUUAUAUAUAAAAAGGCAGCCUUUGAGUCAAACUCAAUUCCCAAAUUUCUUGCACAGAAAACAAAUCCUCUCUGAAAGACUAAAGCAGCACUUGAGCCAAUACUUUUACUCUUUUGAAGGUAUAGUUUGAUUUCAGAGAAACUUGACCGUUUUGCCUAUUUACUAAGAAACACAGGGUACCUUUAAUGUGUCCAUAAGCAGUGUGAAAGUAUGUUUAACAGCCAGUUAAGCCCACUUUAGCUCAUGUACAGUAUAUCCAACACGUUCUCAGCCCAACUCAUCACAUACUGACGCUUUGUCACGACCCCAUUAGUGUCAUGUGUCAUGACAACAUCGGUGUUACCGAUUACACCGGACAUUUUACAAGAAAAGAAAGCGCUCAAUAAAUGUAGAGCGCUUACUUUGAGCUUUAACGUUGGAUGAUAGUGUGUCUGGCCUCUCUCUGGUCCAGCUUUCGCUGCGAGGCUGCAGGUUUCCACCCGGCAUUGCUGCGUCGCACACACCAGCUAUGCCCGCUCCGUCUUCUGCACGGCGUUUGCCUCGUUAACGUUAUGGUUCCCUUAAAGCAUUGGGUUUAAAUCUGAAGUAUUGCCAAAUAGGCGCUUUCGUUUUUCCACCAAAUCC